CUUCCUUGCAACGACUCUGAGUGAUGCAAUGGAAAGACAAAAAAGAAAAGAAGAGAUAGAGAAAGGUCUUCAGUUCAUCCAGUCUACAUUACCAUUAAGCCAAGAAGAUUAUGAGGCUUUUUUACAAAAAUUGGUGCAAAACUUACUUGCAGAGGGCAAUGAUUUAUUCAGAGAGAAGGAUUAUAAGUUGUCACUGGGGCAGUAUGUUGAAGGGUUGAAUGUGUCCGAAUAUGCCGCUUCAGAUGAAGUGAACAUUCCUGCGGAUCUUUUAUGCAAACUCCAUGUCAAUCGAGCUGCCUGCUACUUUGCUAUGGGCUUACAUGAAAAGGCUUUAGAAGAUAGUGAGAAGGCUCUGGGAUUCAACAAGGAGAACAUCCGUGCUCUCUUUCGGAAGGCCCGCUGCUUAAGUGAGCUAGGAAGACACAAGGAAGCUUAUGAAUGUAACAGCCGCUGUUUGCUCUCACUCCCACAUGAUGAAAGUGUGGUCCAGUUGGGUCAGGACCUUGCACAGAAGCUGGGAUUAAGAGUCCGGAAAGCAUAUAAGAGGCCUCAGGAUUCAGAAACAUUUUCUGUACUGAGUAAUGGCCUGACAUCUGCCCUACCAAAUCAGACCAAUGGAUUAGGCUCCAUAGAUGACAUUGAAACAGAUAGCUCUGUGGUCCUUCAGUGCAUCGUUACUCCUAGUGCUCCUUCUGUCACUGCCAGCAAAUCCAAUGCCUUUUCAUCAACCGACUUGGAUACGAAAACUCUGCCAACAUCACUCCCUGCAACUAACCUGCUCCCUUCUACAGAUGUGGCAUCUAUACCAGAGUCUGACAGUGUAGAUGACUUCACUGAAGGAGAAGUUCUUGGAGAUGAACUGGACUCACUUCUGGAUUCUAUUGCAGAUGGGUCCCAGUACCAACUAUCUCUUGUCCGUGGUGCCAUUCCUGCCAAUCUGCCAAGUGAGGUGCCCCAGCUCAUCCCUGUGUUUCCAGGUGGUACUCCACUUCUUCCUCCUGUGGUGACCGCUAACAUUCCAGUCUCCACACCGCUGCCACCUGCCUCCUUUGGCCUAGUGAUGGAGACUACAAAGCAACUCUCAUCUUCAUCUGUUCUGGAUACCUUUGAAACACCAGUUGGGGGCAGUGGCACGUCUCCUUUGGAUUCACUGGAUUCACUAGAGCUGCUCCCUUACACAGAGUCUCGGCUGGAUAUGUUAGAUGCUUUUGGGACCAGUGGGGGAUCAUUGGAUGCUUUAGAUACCUUUACUGUUGAGGAAACCAGCACUCAAGAACCUCGCCAGCCUGCUGGAAUUCAAAAGUCACUACCAUUGGCAAACCAAACUGGGCCAAGCACCCACACCACAGUACCCAAAGUUGUAGAGUUUCUUAUGUAUCAGCCAGAAUUGGUGAUGUCCAACACAACUCUGCUUGUGAAGAAUCCCUUGGUGUCUACUCACAUCUUCAAACAGGCCUGUCACAUCUGCUAUCCCAAAACAGGCCCCAAAGCUGGCGAUUAUACUUAUCGAGAAGGCCUGGAACAUAAGUGCAAGCGAGAUAUACUACUGGGCAGGCGUCGUAUAUCAGAAGAUAAAACUUGGAAGAGAAUUCGGCCACGUCCAACCAAGAUGAACUUUGUGGGAUCCUAUUAUCUAUGCAAAGAUAUGCUUAACAAGCAGGAUUGUAAGUACGGGGAUAACUGCACCUUCGCGUACCACCAGGAGGAGAUCGAUGUGUGGACAGAGGAGCGAAAGGGAAGACUUAAUCGUGACCUCUUGUUUGAUCCAUUGGGUGGGAUCAAGCGAGGUAACCUGACUAUUACCAAGAUCCUGAAAGAACACCAGGGCAUAUUCACUUUUCUUUGUGAGGCAUCUGUCAGAACUCCCAUUUUCAAUACUUUUGACCUCCAGAUGAAAUUUGUGUGUGGCCAAUGUUGGAGAAAUGGACAAGUUGUGGAACCAGACAAAGAUCUCAAAUACUGUAGUGCCAAAGCGCAUCAUUGUUGGACCAAGGAGCGCCGUGUCUUGCUAGUGAUGUCCAAAGCAAAAAAAAAGUGGGUAUCCGUUCGACCCCUGCCUUCUAUCCGCAACUUCCCUCAGCAAUAUGAUCUCUGUAUUCAUGCCCAAAAUGGUAGGAAAUGCCAAUAUGUUGGAAAUUGCUCCUUUGCCCAUAGCCCUGAAGAGAGAGAGAUGUGGACCUUCAUGAAAGAAAAUAAGAUUUUGGAUAUGCAGCAGACUUACGACAUGUGGCUGAAAAAGCACAACUCUGGAAAGCCUGAAGAGGGAACACUUCUAACAUCACGAGAAGGAGAAAAGCAGAUCCAGAUGCCCACUGACUAUGCUGACAUGAUGGGUUACCAUUGCUGGCUUUGUGGGAAGAACAGCAACAGUAAGAAACAGUGGCAGCAGCACAUCCAGUCUGAGAAGCAUAAAGAGAAAGUCUUUACAUCUGAAAAUGACACCAGCUGUUGGAAUUACCGUUUCCCAAUGGGAGAGUUCCGGCUGUGUGAAAGGUUCCAGAAAACAAAAGGCUGUCCUGAAGGAGAGAAAUGUCUCUUUGCUCAUGGGCAAGAUGAGUUGACAGAAUGGCUUGAUCGCAGGGAAGUAAUGAAGCAGAAACUGGCUAAAGCUCGAAAGGAUAUGCUGUUGUGCCCUCGAGAUGAUGACUUUGGCAAAUACAACUUUCUAUUAUGUGAUAGUAUAUAAUUCUGGGUGGUGGUGGAAACGAGCAGCCUUUUCAGAACUGGAGUAAGAUGAAGCUUGGGCAGUUACAAAGAGCCUGAAAAUUGUUCCAAUACCAUGGCUUUGAUUGUAAGAUAAUCAAAAUGAUUCACUAAUGUUGAAUGGAAUUAAGGAUUGAAUCAUCAGUUGCCAGUGGACACAAUGCUUCUAUCAUUUUGUUUUCAAUUUUUUUUCAGUCAAUUACCAGCUUCUUUUUCUCUUUUACUUUCAUAAAAGAGAAGAUGGUGGUUGUUGUUUUUUCCAACCAGAUUCUUAUUUUGAGCAUUUGAUUCUUGAUGGGAUAUUGUGGUAUUAUAGAAGCACGCAUAGAGCAAGAAGAUACAUCAAAAAUGCAGGGUUUUAUUCAAGUUAGGCACUUGUGUGCUGGGUCUUUAUGCUCACAAACCAGUGUUGAAAUUAACAAUACAAAAUGUUAAAUAUGAAUAAGAUAUAAGCUUCCCCCACUUCAAUCUGGUUCUAAAACAUUCAGAUUAUUCUGGUGGUUGCUUUUAAAUAAUAGUAGUAAAGUAUUUACUAUUUAAUACUACUAAGUGGUAAUUAAAUACUAGUAAAAAAUACAUUAUGUCUUUUUCUCCUUAUAGCCAGAAUUCCAUCACAGAUGAAAGCAAAUAAUUUUAAUCCUGUCACAUGGCAUUAGAAAAGCCAUUGGCUUUUUUUAGAAGCAAUUAGUUUUUUCAUAUUAAAGAUUAUUGAAAAUACACUAGAUAAUUGAUGACUGAUUUAGGCCUUGUAUGAAUAUAUACAUGUCAAAGAUUACUUUUAUUUCUGAUGGUAUGUCAGCAAUCACAACAGUUAAUUUUUGCUUCUUUAGAGAGAACUUUAAAGAUAUCUGAGAAUUUUCCUGUAAAGGAACAUGUUACUACUAUGUUUGGGUUUCUGCAGAGAACCUGCUUAUUGAAAAAGAAUAGUUUCCCACUAUACAUGUAGUAGUCUCUCUAGUAGGUACAGUUCUGGUGGCCCUGAAAAAACAGUGAUGAUGGAAGUGAGAUGGAAGGAUUUAGUUUGUUAUCCAGGAGUGGAUUUUAUAAAUCUGAUUGUGCCAAAGAAUCGGGUUUGUAAACUUUCUUUGGCAUUAAUAAUUAUAAAAGUAUCUUGGUAAUUUUGAUCUCAAGGGGGAAAAGAAAUUAAACAUUUUCAAAAUAAAUUUUAAAAAUUCAUCUGUUUAAUUUAAAUUGCAAAUAAAAAACUUGCAAUUAAGUGUUUCAUAUCUCAAACUAAUAGAAGUUAAAUAUAAGACUAAAACAUUCUUUCUUUCCCUCUUCUUAAAUAAAGAACAAGAAAAUUUCCUCUGAACCUAUGUUCAAUGUACCUAUGAAAAGAACUUCAAGAGGCUGUAAUUUAAAGAACCUUUAUUAGGAAUUAAGUUCCUCUAUUUAGUGGUCAAUUGAACAAUAAAGUCAGAAAAAAUAUGAUAAUAACAUUUCACAGAAGAAUAACAGACUGUAGGGAAAAAUGUCACAUUGUUUGAUGUGAUAGGAGGAAACAAAUGAUUCAUAGUGUAUGGAUUUUGCAACUGUAACCAAAAAACCCUCAGCAUUUUUAGUGCAAUUAUCUUUAUUGGUCUGAUAGGGAAGUACAUAUAUGUUUUGGGUAUAUGGUGCUACAAAAUUGGCUUUUAUACUUUUGCAAAGUGGAUGAAGGCAUGGUGUAACCUGAAUGUGAAGGUUUCAUGUAAAGAUAUCUAUCUAGAAUCUGUAGGCUUGCUUACAAAAUGCUUUACUCUUAAUGAAGUGUGAAUGCUGUAGAAUGUUAUACCUUUCUUCUUUUGAAGUAAUAUCAGUCAAGAUGAUCUACCCUUAUUCAUAUGAAGAAGAAAAAUGAUAUAAUAAUUAUAACAUGUAUAAUAAUUAUAAAGGAAAUGCAGUUAGUAGGAAGAAUAUGUCAGUCUCUUUUUCUGCUAUUAUUGAUAUAGAUGAAUUAUUAACAUUUGUCUGAUAACUUUAAUUACUCAUUUCUACCCAUCACAAAAUUUUGGUCUAAAAUCAUCUGUUUCCUGAAUAAAAGCAAGUAUUUUUGGUUUAUUUUAAUGGUGCAAAGAUCAGCCUUUCCUGAGAAAAGUUUGGAUACUUUUUUCUAAGCUUUGAAGAAGAAUAUUUUAGCAUCAUGCACCAGAUGCCCUCCAAAUGUGUUCAAUUGCUAUCUCCAUCGUAAAUACUGAACAUGGUAAUUGACUGUGUUGAUCUGCAAUGAAAGAAAUUGUCCAUCAAUCUAGAGGGUGCCUGAGCAGGGAAAUUUGCGUAUGAGGUAGAGGAUCUUUAUAUUUCUAAAUAUUUUAAAAGUAGUUAUGUUCACCAAUUGUCAUCCUGUGUGGAACUCAUACAUAUCUGGACUGAAACUGUUUAAACCAGCCUCUCCCCAGUUUGAUUGUUAUAGAACUGGCAACAAGAUUUUUCAGAUUCUGUUAUAUGCUUUCCAUUAUCCUAGACAUUAUUUUUAUAAAAGGAGUACAUUUUUUGUCUCUUGCCUCAUUAAUUAAAUACUGUAGUCUUAAUUAUUGAUUCUGGAUUAAAGUAAGCCACAGGACCCCAGUUGCAAUUAAAUGAACCGAAUGCAUUCCUUCUUCCCAUGCAUAGAUGUGUUGAGUAAGUUACACAAUACACUAUUAUCUGUUUAAUUUGUUGAUCCUAUUUCUCUAAGAAAAAUGAAGGUAAAUAAGAGAUAGAUGCUUAACAUUCUAAGCUGUCUGCUGAAUCUAGAAAUAUAACCAUACACUGUGUCAACCCAAGAUAUGUGCAUUUAUUUAGAUUAUAGACCUAAAUAAAAUGUUUCCUUAAAAAAGUAAUUAAAAUUAGUUGUAGCCUUUUUCUACUCUCUUUAGUACAGCUGUGCUGGAGGGGGAGGAAAGGCUUGCGGAUUAUGUUAGAGCACAGUGGGUGCAUGUAUUCUGGGCAUUGCAGUGGAAAUUUUCAUUUUAUUUCCUGAUAUGAUAAUCUGGUAUGUGGUGUUGCAGUAUUUUGUUACCAGACUUGUUCUAAUGUGUAUAUAUGUACUCCUUUCAUAAGACAUAUAUACCCAGGUAUUAAAUAUAUCACUAUAUAAUAUUAUAUAUGUGUGUGGUAUAAGGAAUCUUUAUUGAGAGUUAAGGAAAAGGACACAAGCCAGGGAAUAGAGCAUCUCUCAUUGAAAGAAAGAAGGUGUGGGGAAAGGAUGAAUAUGUCUCUGGAAUUCAAUAAAGCAUUGAUUAUUAUCCCCACCAGUCACCAAUCUACUAUUUUGUAAACGCCUGUAAAGCUUAUUCACAGAAAUAAAUAUUCAGCUAAUGAGGAAGUAAAAUCUGUUUAUUGUUUUGAGGAAGGAGAUACCAGACAGGAGUAGGGGGUUCUGUUUUGUUUCCUUUUCUUUUGUCAGCCCAGAGGUUACAGGGAUCAACAGUUUCUGCUAUAUUACAUCUUGCGAUAUCCUGCAGCAUUUAAGUUCAGUGCGUUGAAUAGCUGAAUUAAAACAAUAAAACAGGCUAUAAUUAACUACAAUUUAAUAGGCUGGCAAGGGAGGGAUUUUCAGAAAGCAUUUGAGUAUGAUGAAAUGUUGUCAUUGAUUGUAUUUAUUAAUAAAUACAAAAUGUGCUUCUGAAAUCUUGGAAUGUCCUAUUAUUCUUUGUAUAAAAGUGAUUCCAUAUAAGAUGCCAAAGAGAAAAAAAAGCUGACGGGCUCCUUUCCUAGACAUAAAAAUGGAGCAAGGUACAUUUGAACGGGAUGCUGGUUAACCAAGCUUUUACCAGAUUGUUCCUUAGAAAUCUGAAGAAAAAGGAAAGCGAAGGAAGGGAGAUGCUUUAUUUCUAAGCUGGGUUUGUAAUAAGCUCGAGAGUCCUACAAAAUAUCUAUUAAUAUAUUUUAAGAAUACCACACUUUACUAUUAAAGAGUAAUAAUAUCUUUCACAAAGUCCAGUAAUCAAAUAAUACUAUAGAUGUUCUUAUAACAUUCUUGUUCUUAAUAAAUUUGUUUCUUUUAGCCUUUGUAAUAGAAAAUAAAAGUGUGCACUUUAAACCUUCAUCCUGUGCUUUGUAUACUGAUGUUACCCUUCAAGUAAAAUGUUAACAUUG